GCAUUGUAGAAUCCCUUCCAACAUACGGAGUACAUUAUUAUGCGGUCAAGGAUAAGCAGGGAAUUCCGUGGUGGUUAGGACUUAGCUACAAAGGAAUCUUUCAAUAUGACUAUCACGACAAAGUGAAGCCAAGAAAGAUCUUCCAAUGGCGCCAGCUGGAGAACCUCUACUUCCGAGAGAAGAAGUUUUCGGUGGAGGUGCAUGACCCGCGCAGGGCAUCCGUGACCAGAAGGACUUUUGGACAUAGUGGAAUUGCUGUGCACACUUGGUACGCCUGCCCUGCCUUGAUCAAGUCCAUCUGGGCUAUGGCCAUUAGCCAACAUCAGUUUUACCUGGAUAGGAAGCAGAGCAAGUCCAAAAUUCAUGCGACAAGAAGCCUAAGUGAAAUUGCCAUUGACUUGACGGAAACUGGAACUCUGAAGACCUCCAAAUUAGCUAACAUGGGCAGCAAAGGAAAGAUUAUCAGUGGCAGUAGUGGGAGUCUUUUGUCAUCAGGGUCUCAAGAGUCCGAUAGUUCUCAGUCUGCCAAGAAAGACAUGUUGGCUGCCUUAAAGUCCAGGCAAGAAGCCCUCGAGGAGACCCUGCGCCAGCGCCUAGAGGAACUCAAGAAGCUGUGUCUCCGAGAAGCGGAACUUACUGGAAAAUUGCCAAGAGAAUAUCCCCUCAACCCAGGGGAGGAGCCCCCAAUUGUGAGAAGAAGAAUUGGUACUUCCUUUAAACUGGAUGAACAGAAAAUGCUACCCAAGGGAGAGGAAGCGGAACUGGAACGCUUGGAAAGAGAAUUUGCCAUUCAGUCACAGAUCACUGAAGCUGCUCGACGCUUAGCCAGCGAGCCCAAUGUCAGCAAGAAGCUGAAGAAACAAAGGAAAACCUCCUACCUUAAUGCACUGAAGAAGCUUCAGGAGAUUGAAAAUUCCAUCAAUGAGUACCGUAUCAGGUCUGGGAAAAAGCCAACCCAAAGAGCCUCGCUGAUCAUAGAUGAUGGAAAUAUUGCCAGUGAAGAUAGUUCUCUCUCAGAUGCUCUUGUUCUGGAGGAUGAAGACUGCCAGGUUACCAGCACAAUAUCCCCUUUACAGUCACCUCACAAAGGACUUCCUCCUCGCCCCCCCUUGCACAACAGACCCCCCCCUCCACAAUCCCUGGAGGGUCUCCGGCAAAUGCACUAUCACAGGAAUGACUACGACAAAUCCCCCAUUAAGCCCAAAAUGUGGAGUGAGUCUUCCUUAGAUGAACCUUAUGAGAAGGUGAAGAAGCGUUCUUCUCACAGCAGUCACAAGCGAUUUCCCAGCACCGGUAGUUGUGUGGAAGGUGGAGGAAGCAACUCUCUUCAGAACAGUCCAGUAAGGAAUCUUCCCCACUGGAACACCCAAUCCAGCAUGCCAUCAACACCAGAUCUACGGGUACGCAGUCCACAUUACGUGCAUUCCACUAGAUCAGUGGACAUCAGCCCUACGAGACUGCAUAGUUUAGCUCAGCACUUUAGACACCGAAGUUCUAGUUUGGAGUCCCAAGGGAGGCUCGUCGGCUCCGAAAACGAGACCGGGAGCCCCGACUUCUACACCCCUAGGACUCGUAGCAGUAACGGGUCAGACCCCAUGGACGACUGCUCCUCCUGCACCAGCCAUUCCAGCUCCGAGCAUUACUACCCGGCCCAGAUGAACGCCAACUAUUCUACCCUGGCAGAGGACUCGCCCUCCAAAGCUCGCGAGCGCCAGAGGCAGAGGCACAAGUCGACCGGAAACCUGGUCUGCUCCAACUCUGGCAGCAUGCCCAACCUGGCUGCCGGGAACGGGACCGGCCAUCACGGGGUCUACCUGCACAGCCAAAGCCAGCCUUCCUCCCAGUACAGGAUCAAAGAGUACCCCCUGUACAUUGAAGGGAGCUCGACGCCCGUGGUGGUGCGCAGUCUCGAAAACGACCAGGAGGGACACUACAGCGUGAAAGCACAGUUUAAAACGUCCAAUUCGUACACGGCGGGGGGGAUGUUCAAGGAGAACUGGCACGGAGAUGAAGUGGAUUCUGUACGGUUGACUCCCUCCCGCUCCCAGAUCAUAAGGACUCCUUCUUUGGGGAGAGAGGGUCACGAAAAGGGAUCAGGGAGGACUGUGGUGUCAGAUGAGCUCAGACUAUGGUACCAGCGGUCCACAGCCACCCACAAGGACCACAGCCGGUUGUCGCACACGAGCUCCACCUCAUCGGAUAGCAGCUCCCCAUACAGCAGCUCCUCUCAAAGCACCUUUGUGGCGCACAGUAAGGUAACCAGGAUGCCUCCAAUGUGCAAAGCAACGUCAGCUGCCUUACCUCACAAUCAGAGGAGUUCAACAACCACAUCUGGUGACUGUGGGUCUUUGCCCCCCAGCUGUCCACAUCACAUCUUAGCUUGGCAAACUGGGAGCUACAGUGAUAGCUGCUACCUGGAUUCUCCCCUUUAUCCAGAACUAUCAGAUGUCCAGUGGUAUGGACAGGACAAAGCCAAGCCUGGAACUCUAGUGUGAACUCCUUGACCUCAGCUGUUCAGAUGCAUCCAUGCCAUUCGGAAAAAUCACCUCACUGCCUCUCAUUUGCCUUACCCAGCUGCUCUGGCGCCCGACACCAGCUUUAAAAGAAAAGCACUUUUUGCAUAAGGCAAUUGAAGAUGAUAUUAUGGAAAGAACAACUGUGUCAGUAGAGAAAAAUAGUCCUUCGUUCCCGGUUCUGCACAUUCUUUCACCCUCCCUGCACUCCACGAAGAGCAGAGGGCAGAUCUCUAGGUUCAUGGAUGUUAGGUAGAGAUAGUCAAUUCAAACCCUUUCUGGAGAAAAUAUUCUUGUUCUUCAAUGGGUGAAAUUAUUCUAACAUGAUUUGAAAUCUAAAGUCAAAGCAGUAGUUAAAGAUGGUGCCACAGCUGUGGUGAAUGCCGAUUUCAUUCAAAGGCAGAAGAGCUUACAAAGCUUGUAUUUCAGAGAUGGGCCAGAAUAUUGUAAAAGCAAUUUGUUCUGUGCUGCCAAAGAUUUCAGUGACUGCCCAUCCUGAAGCAUUUCUCUCAAAUCAUUGCGUUUUUCAGAAACAGCAAUAGCAUUUAUGAUCUGCAGUCUUUCUCUUGAUGCCCUACAAUCCUGAGCAAUUUCAGAUCAAGUAAUAUAAUCAAGGGUCAGUUGGGGAAAUCCAGUGGAGGUACAAGGUGGUGAUCAAGGUUUCAGUAGGAAGGGAAAAUUGGUCUUUCUUUCAACAUUCCUGGAGAGAGAUUGCAAGGAAGAGCACACAAUCCUAUUGCUUGAAGAACUGUGAUCAGUCAUGAAAUAAAAAUGCCAAAAAAAAGUUUCAGCAAGUUAAAAAAAAAGUCCUAUACAAGGUAGGGUGUCAAAGUAGCCUGGGAUAUAUUGAACAUGAUCUCAAAAUAUAUUACUAAUGUAGGAAACGGUUUGUUAUCUCACUAGGGAAGUGUCCAAGGCUUGAACAAGGAGAGGUUACAGUGUUGCUGAACUAAUUUACCUUCCCUCCUUACCUUACUAAAAUGAACCAUCGACAAGAUUUGCCCCCCAUUUAAUACAAAGCAUGUUUGCUUUCCAAGAUCAAAAGAGGGAACAAGUUUACACACACACUCAAGCAAUGCUUUUUAUGAACCUAGAAAGCCAUCCAAUUUCCAAAAGGCCUCAAUAUUUUUAUAAUAAACUGAGACACAAUCUCUGUGCUCCCAGUCAACCAUUCUGGGGUGACCACCCUCGCAAGCCCAUGGACUUUCCAACAAGUCAGAAUCCCUUCCCGUUCCUACGUUGUCUCUCAUCUUGAGUGUAGUGAGAGCCAAAAUGCACCUUUUGGGGACCUUCAUUGCCCACCCCUGAUCCGGUCAGAUCCUGGAGCAAGCACACCAAGACUUCACUGUGGUGCUAUUUUGUUUUUAUGCCACUGGACAACCAAGUGUUUCUGCCCCUCCUUCGCUUCUGUGUUUGUGUGUUAGCUCGGCAAUAGCAAAAACUAAAAAGAGAUUCCAAAGAGCAAAAAAACAAGCAAACACCAUCUGCUUCCAUUAAUAAAUGCCUGUUUCCAAGGAAUUAUCAGGUGUGGGUAAUAUCCUGCAGGAAGAUAAAAAGAAUCUACAUUUUACACAAUGGCACUUGAAAGUGGCUUGCUCUUGAGGAAAAUGGUAGCAGAAGGAAGACUCAGCAAAGCAAGGUUGAAAUGCAGAGGGGAACAUGAGCAGAAGUGAAGGUAAAUAGCUGACCAAUGUUGUUUAUUAUACUGGGAGACAUGAAAAAUCCCUGCCUAACUACAGUGGCAAUAUUAGGCCAUGAACAAACAAGGGCAUCCAUGGGGAGGUCAAAAAAGUCAAGAUGGUGGCUACCCAUCCCUCCAACAGCCACCCCUGGGAAUAACUAUGAGAGUACACUGUCUGAUCCGGAGUCAGGAGUUUCAGCAUCUUCAUUUUUAUGCUGAUUUGCAACCAGUGGGAUUUGAAAAUAUUCUCCCUUAAAAUUUAAAUCCCUUAAAUAAUUUACAGUCACUUAUCAAAACAAGAAAAUAACUUUUUGGUGAUGUUUAAUUGCCUUGUUGUUUUAUUAAGACAUUUCUUUCAGGUUAAAAUAACCAUUUUCUCUCACAUACUCAUGUCUUUAUGGUUUAUAGCAGUGUUUCCCAACCUUGACAACUUUAAGAUGUGUGGACUUCAGCUCCCAGAAUUUGGGAAUUCUGGGAGUUGAAAUCCACAUAUCUUAAAAGUUGCUAAGGUUGAGAAAUGCUGGUUUAUUGCAUCCUUUACUGUCCUCAUGGCAGGGGGCAAAAUGAACCAGGGUAUUGGGUAGCAAGAAUUAUAAUUCUCAGCUUCCUCAUCAAUCCGUAAUUUCCAGAGCUGUUUGGGGGGGGGGAGUUAUUUACUACUUUAAAACAUACAGCAUACUUUAAAACAUAGAACUUCAUGAUUUUUUUAAAAAAUCACUGACUUUUAGGUUCAAUCACCACCUAGAAAGCUUGGUUUUUGUUUUGUUUUUUAAUUUGUAUGCCAAAUGAUAGCCAGAAUACUGGCAGAUGACCAGGGUCAAAUGGGAAAGAAAUAAACCAGAGUUUCAGGGAGCUUUAGGUUGACUCAGAAUUGUGAGUUUCUUGAAAAGGAACUGACAGUCUCACCCCAGUUAACAAGUUAAUCCCAGCCAAGUACACAUCCUUGGAUUGCGAGAUGCUCUUUCACAGGGCUUUUUGAAUCCAUCUAAUCUAUCGGGAGAUUUGGUGUGUUACUGAGCAGAAAAGCAACUCUACCCCCCACACCCCACCCUGGCUGCGAAGUUAACAUUUUUAAAAAUAACCACACCCUUCAGCUUGUUUGCAAACGGUCCUGGGGCGUUUUUGUUGUGGGGAGAAAGUGGGGUGAUUUUCAAUUUACUUUUAUUUCUUUCAAUCAAGGCACUUGUGAGCCAGUCUGGUAGUAAAGACAGAAAUUAAGUAAAACAGGUUUUACUGUUUAACUCAAUUCAGUUAUACAAAAAUGUACAUAGAAUGUUAAUCAGGAGAUUAACAUGUUCUGAGUAUAACAUGAAGGGGUAUCCACAGCUACUGUAUACAGGCACUUGAUUACCCCAAUAAUAAGUCCCUUGAAUUUUGCUUUUAUAUAGAUUAAAAAGGUCCUAAGUCUGAAAAUGCUUUUGGUCUGUAUGUACAAACCUCCCCCUCCCUCUCCCGCUUUGUAUAUGCAUUCACACCAUAUCAAAUGGUGGGCAGGGUUUAUUUUUUAAAUAAUAUUAUAUGCAGUUGAGUGUUGAAAAUGUUGGGAAGAAAAAAAAGGAUGUUGGUUUUGUCUUUCAACCCAAUAUUAGUUUUGGAUAUAGCAGACUCAUUCAGGUGCUAUCAUGAUGACCAAUUAUACUGCUUAGUUAAUUAGAUA